AUGCCUUACGCCGCCGCGCAAGCAGUCGCCACUACGGCAGCUGCCCCGCAGAGCCUCUACGAGGAGCACGAGCGACUGGUAAAGGCCAUUCAGAACUUGGAGCUUAAGACGAUGAUAUGCAAGACGGAAACUCACCACCUGCAGAAGGAGGAGAGUGCAGCAAAACAGGAGGUGCAACGUAUUCAAGCCGUACCUCUUCUGCUCGGCACAUUUGUAGAGGCUGUGGAUGCGGGUCGCGGCAUCGUCGGUGGGGCCUCCAGCAGCAAUUACUAUGUGCGUAUUCUCAGUACCCUUGACAAGGAGCGACUGAAGCCUGGUGCGAGUGUGGGGUUGCACAAGGGCAGCAAUGCCUGUGUGCAGCUUCUCCCCAACGAGACUGACUCUACGAUUCAUCUUAUGCAGAAGGAGGAUAAGCCAAGUGUGACGUACAGUGAUGUGGGAGGUCUCGACAUGCAAAAGCAGGAGAUUCGUGAGGCGGUGGAGUUGCCGCUGACACAUGCGUCGUUGUACGACCAAAUUGGGAUUGAUCCUCCACGCGGGGUGUUGCUCUACGGCCCGCCUGGCACCGGAAAGACGAUGCUUGUGAAGGCGGUGGCUAACCACACCAAGGCCUCCUUCAUCAGCGUGUCGGGCUCCGAGUUUGUGCAGAAGUACCUCGGCGAGGGGCCGCGGAAGGUGCGCGAUGUUUUCCGCCUCGCCCGGGAGAACGCGCCGUCUAUUAUUUUUAUUGAUGAGGUGGACAGCAUUGCAACGAAGCGCUUUGACGCCCAGACAGGCGCUGAUCGUGAGGUUCAGCGUGUCCUGGUGGAGUUGCUGACGCAAAUGGAUGGCUUUGAUCAGACGACAAACGUGAAGGUGAUUAUGGCAACAAACCGCUGGGACACGCUUGACCCCGCGCUGCUGCGACCUGGGCGGCUUGACCGCAAGAUUGAGUUCCCGUUCCCCGACCGACGCCAGAAGCGCCUUGUGUUUCAGGUCUGCACGGGCAAAAUGAAUCUGUCGCCUGAGGUGGACCUCGAGGACUUCGUCACGCGACCAGAAAAACUCAGCGGUGCGGACAUCCAGGCCAUCUGUCAAGAGGCGGGCAUGCUCGCAGUGCGAAAAAACCGCUACGUCGUGUUGCCUAAAGAUCUUGAGAGCGCCUACCGUACCGUCAUUCGAAAGACGGGGGAUGAGCAGUACGACUUUUACUCGUAA